UUAUAGUAUUGAUAAAAUAUUAUAAAAUAAUACGAAGUUGUUCAUCCAUAAUCAAGUAUAAGCUGACAAUAAGCACCAGAUUUAAUAAUUUUAGCAAGAGAAAUUUAAGCGAAGUAUUCAGAUUUCAUGUCGUUUCAGGCUGCUAGCAAACGUGACAAAGAAAUUAGUAAAAAGCUGUGUUUCUUAUUACGGCAUGGAGCUGUGAAGAAAGGUUUAGCUAUUCGUCCAGAUGGUUUUGUUGAAGUUAGUAAGGUGUUAAAAGCAAUUGCUGAUUGUAGUCUAAUUGACCUUCAGAGAAUUGUUGCAACUGAUGAUAAACAACGCUUUACAUUACAUGUGGGAAAAGAAUUAUGGAUCAAAGCUAAUCAGGGGCACUCAAUUGCUCAAGUAAAUUCUUUGAGCAUUAGGUAUUUGAUUAAUGUAUCAUUUGAUAUAAUCCAUGGCACUUAUUUCUCACAGUGGGAAAAAAUAAGAUCUGAAGGGAUUUCUCGUAUGACAAGGAAUCAUAUACACUUUGCUAAAGGCUUGAAUUUUAUUUGUGGAUUAAGACAAGACUGUGAAGUUUUCAUUUACAUUGAUUUUCCCAAAGCAAGUAGAGAUGGAAUAAAGUUUUAUGAAUCAGAAAAUAAUGUUAUUUUGUCACCUGGAGAUUUUGAUGGUUAUAUUAAGCCACAAUAUUUUUUAAAAGUGAUAACACAAAGUGGAUAAACAGUAUUAUAAAAGGUAGAAAUUCAAAUAUGUCUAAAGAGUGUAAAAUUUGUAAAAUAGAAGUUCAAGAUCAGAAUCAAUUUGAAGAACAUUUACAAGGA